CAGUAGCACAAGCAGCGAACCCCCACUCCAACCUCCAACCACCAAAGUAAGACAAACCUCCAUACCUCUUAUCAUCAACCUCACUAAGAAUACAAUGUCUUACACCGAUCGCCAAUUGCCUCAAAAAACCAAGUCACAACGGGGCAAACCAAGCAGAAUUAAUUACUCCAAGCAAUAUGACUCACGCACCCGCGCGCGCAACACGAGACCCUCAAGAUCGAGAAUAAGAAAACCCACCCCCAACCCAUAAAUAAGAUCAAUGGACCCUGGAUCUCAACUUGAAAUCCAACAAUCAACCACUCAAUCAUAUUCGUAUACUAGACACCUUCCCCUUUGAUAUCUCUACCUCUAGAUCCCAGAAACCGCAAACACAAAAGAACCCACCCCCCGACAAAAGAUGUACCCCCCACCAACCUUCACCACUCCGCGCCUCCUCUUCGAGGCCAUGACGCCCGACGAUCUCGAAGCCAUGUAUCAGAUCCGCAACAAGCCCGAAGUCAUGAGAUGGAGCCUGCGCAAACUCCCCGACCAGAACCUCGAAGAAACCCGCACGUGGCUAACGAAAUACAUCUCGGGGGAGAACCACCCGCCCCGGACGUGCUACGUUGUUCGGGAAUUGUUACCAACGCCUCCUAAAACUUCCACUCCCAUUCCCAACGGGACUGGCACUCCAGCAGCAGCAGCAGCAGGCCCCGUCAUCGGCAACAUGGGCGUGCGGAUGGAGCCCGCCCCGACCCAGCGGGAUGAUUCUGGAUUAACGUCGUCGUCGUCGUCGUCGUCGUCGGGCGGUGCGGCGGACCAGCACCCCUCACGCAAAGACCGCUGGGAACUGGGGUACAUCUUCCACCCGGAUGUGUGGGGCAGGGGGUACGCGACGGAGGCGGUGCAGCACCUCAGCCAGAAGUUCUUCGGGGAGCUGCAGGCCCGCAUGACGGAGGCGUAUGGCGCGGAGGCCACCGGGAAUGUGGAGGCGGGGUUGUGGGCGAUCACGAACCACGACAAUGCGGCGAGUCAGCGGGUGCUGCGGAAGACGGGGUUCGUGGGCCCCGUUGAGGAGUUUGUCGAGGGGGAUGGGACGCGGUGUGAUGUUUUUGUGAAGUAUAAGUGACAGAUUUCGGGAGUUCUUUGGGAGUAUCUCCCCCCCGGCCUCCUGCUAGGGGGGGGGGGAGUUUGAAACUGUGUUCGGAUUCUAGAUGAGGGCAGACAUGUGUAUAGAUAGAUCGUGAGUCUGAAAGAAAUUGUUGGUCAUGCAUGGCUUCGUGACUUCG